AUGGGCCUCACCAAGGCCGAAAACUCGCCUGGGCUCUCGUUCGAAUUCAACAACCCACGCCACCACUAUUCUCCCGGCGACGUGAUCAGCGGCCGUGUCGUCCUCAACACUGCCGCCGACAGUGCCAUUGGCACGCUGGUGGUGUCGUUCUGGGGCCGGGCAAAGUCGCGCAUCAUCCAGCAACACGGCCAAACCGUCACUUACCAUCGGGGCCGGACACAGUUCUUCAAAAAGGAGCUGCUUCUCUACGAGGGCCAAUACACACACAAGCCCGGAUCCUUCAGCUGGCCCUUUGAAUUCAUCGUCCCCGACCAGGCGGAUGCCGAAAGCAUUUUAAGCGGUGAAAGAUGGAAGCCCAAGGAGCAUUAUCGCGCAACCACAGAUGAGAACAACCUCGAUCUCACGCUUCCAGCCUCGUGCUAUCACAGAAGACACAUGUUCGGCCGUCAAGCUGAAUGUUUCAUUGAAUACGUCCUCGACGCCACGCUGACCGAGCCAGAAGGUCUACAUCAUAUCCGUGGACCCCAGAGCAAAGUAUCCAGCUACCCCAUCGUCUUCCACCCGCUGUCAACCCCCGAACCCAUUGAGAACUACAACCUCACCACUGAUCAACGCCUCUUCACCAUCUCAACGCUGAAGUUGCUGCCCGAACAUGCCGGUACCAGCCUUGGCUUCAGGGAUCGCGCCCGCUCCAUCUUUCAACGCGACUCCAUCCCCAGAUUCUCGUUCAGUGUGGCUGUUCAAGCACCCAGCCUCGUUCAACUCUUCCAUCCCAAUCCGAUCCCCUUCCUGAUUACCGUGACACCAGACCUGUCUGCCGAGAACACGACCAUUGACACCUCAACGUCUCUACCCACCGUGACCCUUCGUUCCGCCAAAAUCGAACUGAAGACUCACGUUCGGUGUCGCGCCGCGGGUACAUUUGCCGACAGCAAGACCUACGAGAUUCCCAUAUUGCCGCCGAAGACUUUAAACCAACCACUGACCAUGUCGCACGGCAUGACAACGGCCUCGGAAGCGACACUUGACCUUGGGCAAUUGUGUGACCUUCGUCUAGGUAACGCAAAACUUGGUUCUCGUCUCGAGACGCCCAUGUGUCCAAGUUUCACGACCUACAAUGUUUCCCGGUCCUAUCAUCUCUUGUGGGAGCUGGAGAUCGAGUGCGCCGAGAAGACCGAGAAGUUUUCUUCUGUGAAGAACGGACCUGAAUGUACCGUCAUCUUGCCCCCAGCUACGGCACGCGUGGAGAGCUCACUGGACAGCAAUGUAUUAUUAGGCGGAGAUCUAAUGCAGGCAAUGUCAACGGAAAGCACAGGAUCUGGGUCCAGUUCCGGAUUUUGGCCUCACCGGAGCCAUGAAAGUAGGGGCGGGGGGGAGAAGGAGAAAGCAAGAUUUGGGCCUCCGAGUCCCUCGAGUAUUGGAAUUGGCGUCGGUGCUCUGAACAUCGUCGAUGACAAAAGAAGCAAAUCCAAGGCCGAAGAGGCUGCUGAAGACCGAGCCCGAGCGCGCCUGGAGGCAGUUCAAGCUACGUAUCACGGCCGUCGUCAAAACGCAUCCAUAAUUGAAGGUGGCGAGGACGGCAUAACAGAUGCCCCAUUACCGACAACAGGCUCGAUCCUACCGGGCACCAUAGAACCCGCAACAACAAAUAUUACGGUGACAGACACGGAUGCGGAUCAACAACUACCAAGAUAUGUCCCAUGA